AUGGCGGCUUCAACUUGGCGAUCAAGCCAACCUCUGCUCCAAUCCGUCCCUCCUUCCUUCUCAGGAUUCUGUUCUCCCAAAACGCCGUCGUCCUUUUCCUCUACCGCCUCAACAACCUUCGCUUCUUCUUCCUCGCCAAAACCCUUUCCUACUGACUCGCCUUCGCCGAGCCGAGUCCAUCUCUACCACGCCGCCUCCCCUGCUACUCCUUCCGCUGCCAUGUCCCCUGCUUUCACCCCAACCUCGCGAUUCUCAUUGGUCUCGACGAUUCCCGACCCGAAGCGGACUUGUCUCUGCUCUCCGUCCACUCAUCCAGGAGCUUUCCGCUGCAAAUUCCAUCGGAAGGCUGGCAACGCCAGCACUUGCAGUAGCAGCGGUGGUCAUGCCCAAGCAACGGCCCAGCCGUCGGCGCCGAGACGGUUAAACAUUGCGAGAUUCGCGAUUAUGAAUUCGUUCGCGAGAAAUAGAAUCGUUAGGAGAGAUUUGAUGAAGAGAGUGUUCGCUACUUUGAUCCGGCCGUCGUCUCCUCAACAGUACCGGUGCAGGAAUUUCCGUCCGCAGCCGAGCCGGCUCUCCGUCACGUCGAAAGUGUAA